CCGAGGUCUGCCAGCACACGGCGCCUGGGGCGAAGAGCGCGAUGCCCGCGAAGAUCAGCACCACGGCGAGGUGGCCGCGGUCCCACGGCGUCCCGGCCAGCAUCACCCCAGCGAUGGCGACCGCGAGGCCGAGCGUCCACACAGGCAGGUUCCAGCGGACCAGCGAGACGCGGCUGCCGGUGCCCCGGCUGGCGCGGGUCCGACAGCCAACCCAACGGCCAGGCCGCCGCCAGCUGCAGCAUGCCCCGGGUAGACUCGACGGCGCCGACGAGCAUGUUGCCAGAUGUUCCGCCCAGCUCUAG